GUCAGUGUGUGUACAGUAUAUGUGUGUGUGUGUGCGUUGGAGUGAGAGAGAGAAAGUGUGUGUGCGUGUGUUUUGGAGUGUGAGUGAGUGUUGGAGUGUGUGUGUGUGUGUGUGUGUGUGUGUGUGUGUGUGUGUGUGUGUGUGUGUUGGAAUGUGAAAAAGUGUGUGUGUGUGUGUGUGUGUGCUCGCUCGCGCGCAUGUGGGGGUGUGGUUAACAGCCCAAACUUUUCUAGAACAUGCUGGAUGAUUAAAUCUGAAGUUUUGGCGCCCCCUUCCGGAUUAAAAAGUAACUACAAGUAUUAUUACCAUUAUUACUGCCAUAAACAGCACCAGUCAAAAGUUUGGACACAUCUUCAGUGUUUUAGUGUUUGUCUUUUAUUUCUUAUUUAAUGAGUUUUCUACAUUGUAGAUUAAUAUUAAAGAUAUGUAAUUGAAUAAUCUACACAUAUAUAAUUCUGUAGUAAAGAGUAUAAAAGUGUUUUUCCUCCACAUUAAUCUCCUGAUCUAAAGCUGAUGAACUGCGAUGGUGAUUUGAGGUGAUUUAAUUGGGAUGAGCUGGAGCUUCACAGCGUGAAGAAAAGAAAAGCAGCAGCUAUUGUUCAGCACCUCCAGAAACUCCUUCUUUCAAGACGCUGAGAAAAAGAAAACUAUUCCAUGUGACUCUCCCUCAUGAAGACACUGAGAUUUAAAUCUCACCAAGAGUCUGCAGAUCUGAACUCGAAAAAAACACUUUUUUUUACUAGUACAGUUUUUUUUCACAUUUUGGUAAUAAUCUACAAUGCAGAACUGUUUUUUUAAACUAUGAAUAAACUAAAUUUAAAGUGUGUCCAAACUUUUGACUGGUACUGUAUAUUACUUUUGGAAAUGUAUGCAAAUAAAUAAGAAUUUAAACAGCCUCUGGCCUUUGUCUGUAGUAAAGCAGCGCUUUAAAUGCAAUUACAAAUCUUAGUCCACAUAAAUGCUUCAGUUGGUGGUUUCUGCAGGUAGUCUGCUAAUCUGAGCACAGAUUAUAUUAAUAAAAUAAUGGAAAAGAAUGUUUUUUUAUGAUUUUAUGUUCUUUUAUUUAGUUUCAUAUAGUGUAAAUAGAUUUGAUCUUUUUAUAUGCAUCAUCCCUUAUUUAGAUAAAUGAGUAUUUUAGUGUUUUUUAGUGUUUAUCAGGGAUUGGUUAUGGAGGACUCUGUGGAAGUCAUCCUUCAGGAUAAAAGGUCCUGGGUCUCUCAUCGCUCUCAGGACAGGCCGGUGAUCACGGCCGCUUCAGGGGCGCUGCUUAUGGGAUGUUACGGUCUGUGGAGUGUUUUUGCGCUGCCUGGUUUUCGGAGAGUCCCAGUACAUCUUAAGGUGCCAUACUUGCCCUCCAGUGGGGUUCAGACCCAGAACAUCAUGCGGCUCCUGAGGGGCAGAGCGGGCAGGCUGGUGGACCUGGGCUCUGGAGAUGGACGGCUGGUUCUGACUGCCUCUUCAUUGGGGUUCCAGUGUACUGGGUAUGAAAUUAACUCUAUACUGGUGAGCUACGCCAGAGUGAAAGCACGACUGAUGGGAAUCCCAACAACUAGAGCAAGAUUUGUGAAUGAAGACUUAUGGAAGAUGGAGGUUCUGGCCAAGAAGCUAGAGAAGGAGUUGGGAGAUGAUACCCGUGUGAUCGCCUGCCGCUACCCGUUUCCUGAUUGGCCUGUUGCAGAAACAGAAGGGCGGGGCCUGGAUCAGGCCUGGGCCUAUGACAUGACCUCAGUCUGCAAGCCAUCAACAUAAACACCAACUUUAGACUUCAUUAAAGUGGUACUAAACCCUCUGAUUUUAGCUGACUCCACUUUAAGCUCAAAUUUGAAAAAGCCUAAAAAUGGGAGGGGUAGUUUGGGAAGGGCACUGGGUGAUGUAUGGGUUUAGAGGUGGGGAAGUAAAGAGAGAGCUGAUUGGGCUGAGCAGUGUGCCUCUGACAGCGGUAAGAUGCAGAUGGUUGGAUGUCAGCAGGGGGGCGGGAUUAUUGAUAGACUGAUUUGCAUAUUGUGAUGUGCACUGCAAAGGCAGAAAUUGUUUUGUUACUUUAAAGAAGUAAUUUAGUAUUUAGUAUUUUCUUUCUCACUGCCAAAUAUAUAUAUAAACCAUAACAUGCCUCUCCCACAGUGUCAGUUUUAUAUAAAUCUACUGUAUGAGUAUAACUCAAGUGUUUUGAUAAACACUAAAUCAAUUAAACAUUGUGUUGAGUUCUAACUGUGAAAUUUCUAGCCAGUGUGUGAUAUUAAAUCCCAGUGUAUUUUUUCGAACGUAUUUUUUAGUAUUGUAAGGCAUAUUGAGCCAUGCAAUAUAUGUAAUAAUGAAUACAAAUUAUAUUUUGGAAUGAAAAUGCUCUAUUUUUGUAAGUUUAAAAUAAAACAUAUUUAAAAUA